AUGAGAUUCCACCUGGCCUCAGGUCUGGUAUUUUUACUCGCCACCACCGAAGUUGUUGCAGCUUCGAGUUGGUGGAGCAAAGCUGUCUACAACAAAUGGCACGAAACUGAGCUUGAGCGAUGGCUCUCAGAUCAUGAUAUCCCCUACCCUAGCCCUGCCGACCGCAGGGAUCUCGAAAAUCUUGUGAAAACCAACUGGGAUAGCCGAGUGCAAAAGCCCCUCGGUAAUGCUGCAGACCAAGUCUCCGACGAAUUUUACUACGCGAAGGAAUGGGUCUUUGAUACUUGGUCGGAUUCGCAGUUGAAGGCAUUCCUUGAUCGCCACGGCAUUCCUGCACCCCAGCCCCGCAAGCACGACGCACUGGUCAAGGCCGCACGCGAGAACUACGAACUGGUCGCAAAAAAGGCCGGCGAGACCGCAGCUUAUCCCGGUAACUGGCUGUACGAACAAUGGACCGAGUCGGACCUCAAGGGGUGGCUUGAUGAGCGCGGAUGGCCUGCUCCCCAGCCUACGAGCCGUGACAAGCUUAUUGCUUCCGUGCGUCGCAACUCUCGCCUGGCUAGCCUUCAGGCCAAAUCUAUCUCAGCAUCGGCUGCCGCAUCUGCUCAAGCUGCUCAGGCAUCACUGAGCGAUGAGCUUUUCAAUGCCUGGUCUGAUUCUAAGUUGAAGGAAUUCUUUGACGAACACAAUGUCAAGGUGCCCCAAGGUUCUAAGCGCAAUGAACUCAUUGCCCUUGCCCGUAAGCACCGCGCCUACCUCGUCGACAAAGCUGCCAGUGCUUCCGCUGCCGCCGCGGAUACAGUUGGUGCCGCUACUACAAGAGCUGGAAACGAAUAUGCCCGAGCUACCGAGGACGCGAAGCUGAAGGCCGAGCAUGAGUUCAACGUUGCAAUUAAGUUGUGGUCGGAUUCCCGCCUCAAGGCGUUCCUGGAUGCCCGAGGCGUUCCUGUUCCCCAAAAUGGCAAGCGUGAUGAGCUCAUUGCGAAGGUUCGCGCCAACGCCCACAAGGCCGCUGGUGGAUUCAACCAAUACAACUUUGAUACAUGGGACAAGGAACAUCUACUCAAAUAUCUCUCUGCGAUGAAUGCGAAGGCCGCAAAGAAAGCCGAUGCCUCUCGCGAGGAGCUGAUCAAGCACGCCAAGGACUCGUACGCAAAGGCCUCCAAGGCUGGCGGCCAGCAUUACGCAUCUGCCACCUCAGCAAUUGCCCAAGCCACCGGCUCCGUCAAGGAAACCACCUUUGACCAGUGGUCGCAGUCCGAUAUCAAACAGUAUCUUGACUCAUAUGGAAUUCCAGCAUACCAGGGCUCGAGCAUCAAUGAGCUCCGCGCAGCAGCCCGACGCCACGCCACAUAUUUCAGAUAUGGAACCACCACCCCAUCUGAGACGAUCUACGCCAAGUUCAUGGAUACUUUGCAUUGGGCUCUGGAUCAAGUCAAGAUUGGAGCUUCCGGUGGUCGCGCGCAGGGCCAGGAAGCGGCUGAGAAGGUACGCGAGAAGGUCUCGGAUGAGACGCAGCGACUGCGUGGAGAGCUGUAA